GUUACUUUUGCAGUUCUUUGUCAUAAUUCACUGACAUCGAAGUUGUGUGCUUCAUAGAGUGAUUCUGCACACGGCAUUUCAUGAUGCCUUCGACUUUUCCGGUUCUCGCGCUCGCUGGGUGCAGUCUAUUGAAAUGAUGACAAUUCUAACAAAAGCAUGGCUUGUCAGUUUUAAAUACAGGAGGAUGAAUCUGAAUAAAUACGAAUGGGCCCUAGUUAUGGAGCACCCUGUUAUCUGCACGCAUCGUCUUCCUUUUCCCUUACACUGAUACAAAGUAUUUGUUGAGAAAGUGUUGGGAAGAAAGAUCAUAACUUAUGGGCAUGGAAAUAGCACAGCCACAUGGGCAUCUACGUGAAGGAAUCCGAGAUGCUGUCCGGGAUGAUGUUAGCGUGGACUGAGCAAUCUGUUGGAGGAUGUGGCCAUAGGAGGUGUCUUCUGUUCCUGUAAACUCCCCCGUCACGAGGCUUUGUAACUGGGAUAGAACAAUAGGAUGCUCAUAUGAUAACGAAGGUGAACUAUGACGGGGAGCUGCACAAGCACCCCCAGCUCGAAGCUGACCUGUCAGCGGUCAGAGAGAUCUACGGGCCGCAGGCGGUUUCUCUCAGGGAGUACGGAGCCAUUGAUGACGUAGAUAUUGAUUUGCAUAUCGAUGUCAGCUUUCUUGACGAGGAGAUCGCUGUGGCCUGGGAAAUGGUUCGGACAGAGCCCAUCAUCGUCCGGCUGCACUGCUCGCUGACGCAGUAUUUGAAUGGCCCAGUACCCACUGUUGAUGUCUUUCAGAUUUCCACCAAAGAGCGGUUUGGAUUGGGACAUCAGCUGAAAAAAAUCAUGCAGACAUUCGUCACGCAGCAGUGGAAGCAGAGCAGAGAGAAACCCGGCUGCCUCUACGGCAAGAAGCUGUCGGAGAAGAAGGUGAAGUCCCCCCUGCAUUUGUUCUCUACCUUGCGCAGGUCGCCGAGCUACCCUCCCCCCGGCUGCGGCAAGAGCAAGUCCAAGCUGAAACCCGAGCAGGACGGCAUCUCCAAGACGCACAAGCUGCUGAGAAGGACUUGCUCCAGCACCGUCAAGGCCGAGGACGUGUGCGCCCCCAAGUCCCACAGGGCCUUCGGCCGCUCCCUGUCCAGCGACCCCAGGGCCGAGCAGGCGGUGGCCACCAUUAAGUCCCACAAACUCUUGGCCCGGCCCUGCCCCGCGGCCAUCAAGCAGGAGGACUGCGGCCCCCUCAAGCCGCACAAGCUCUUGACUCGGUCCUGUUCCGGGGAUCCCCGCUGCGAGCACAACGCCGGCCUGAAGCCCCACAAACUGCUGAGCAGGUCCUACUCCAGCAGCCUCCGGGUGGAGGAGUUCUACGGACUGAAGAGCCACAAGCUGCUCAGCAAGGCUGCGGCCGGCGCCCCCAAGUCGUGCCGACCCGAGCUCCUCCAGGAGCCCAGCGCCGAGGGCAGGAGGCUCUCUCUCACCUCAGGGCUCAUCGGUAUCUUAGCGCCUUCGUCAGCAUCCGCCCAGCCUGCCCCAAAUGGCGCCAAGUGCAUUCCAAUCCGAGACCGAGGCUUCCUGGUGCAGACAAUUGAGUUUGCUGAGCAGCGGAUCCCCGUGUUGAAUGAGUACUGUGUGGUUUGUGACGAGAGACACGUGUUUCAGAAUGGCCCCAUGCUCAGGCCCACGGUGUGUGAGCGUGAGCUGUGCGUGUUUGCCUUCCAGACCCUGGGGGUGAUGAACGAGGCAGCCGACGAGAUAGCCACCGGGGCGCAGGUGGUGGACCUCCUGGUAUCCAUGUGCAGGUCUGCGUUGGAAUCUCCUAGAAAAGUCGUCAUUUUCGAGCCAUACCCUUCUGUGGUAGACCCUAACGACCCACAGAUGCUGGCCUUCAACCCCAGGAAGAAGAACUAUGAUCGCGUAAUGAAAGCACUGGAUAGCAUAACUUCCAUUAGAGAGAUGACACAGGCUCCGUACCUGGAAAUCAAGAAGCAGAUGGACAAGCAGGACCCCCUUGCACACCCACUGCUGCAAUGGGUUAUUUCAAGUAAUAGGUCCCACAUUGUGAAACUGCCAGUCAACAGGCAACUGAAGUUCAUGCACACCCCUCACCAGUUCCUUCUCCUCAGCAGCCCACCAGCCAAAGAAGCCAACUUCAGAGCUGCUAAAAAACUCUUCGGAAGCACCUUUGCAUUUCAUGGCUCGCACAUUGAGAACUGGCACUCCAUCCUGAGGAACGGCCUGGUGGUCGCUUCGAACACGAGGCUGCAGCUCCACGGUGCCAUGUACGGAAGCGGGAUCUACCUAAGUCCGAUGUCAAGCAUAUCGUUUGGCUACUCAGGGAUGAACAAGAAGCAGAAGGUGUCAGCCAAGGAUGAGCCGGCUUCCAGCAGCAAAAGCAGCAACGUGUCCCAGUCACAGAAGAAAGGACAGCAAUCCCAAUUCCUGCAGAGCCGUAACCUAAAAUGCAUAGCCUUAUGUGAAGUGAUCACCUCACCAGACCUGCACAAACACGGAGAGAUAUGGGUCGUCCCAAAUACCGAUCACGUCUGCACCCGGUUCUUCUUUGUCUAUGAAGAUGGCCAGGUGGGAGACACAAACAUUAACACACAAGAAGGAAGCAUUUACAGAGAGAUCCUUCGGGUGAUCGGUAACCAAACCGCCACUGGGUGAAGGACCGGUCGUUAGCGACUUUUGGAAGCCUUCCUCGGGUUCAAAGCUGGGUUUUGAACUGAAGAAGAGGACGAAAUAAUUUAUUGUUAUUAUAAACAAAAUUAAUCCUUUGAAUACUGAUUUUUUUCUUAGUAUUUCUAAGUAUCUCAUUAAAUACCUAAAACGGUAUGAAGUUGAUCGACUGUAGGGUUCUGGACUCUAGGAAUAAAUGUUCAGCAGCACUUGAACUGCAGUUGGGUUGCUCACACAAUAAACAGAUUGAAAAAACAGUUUCGUGCUGAUAUUUUUAUAUUAAACUCUUCCACUGGAAAUUUGGUAUUAUAUACCGACACUUUAGGUUACCAAAAUAGAACUGAGAACAUUUUAUAAUGAUGUCUAAAUCUCUAAGAUACUUUGCAAUAAGUAAAAUGUUUGCACAUUCUGACGUGCUAUGUACACUUAGUGAGAUGAACCUUCAGCUAUUUUGGAGGGAUGAUUCUUAUUCUGCCAUUAUUUUUUUCCCUUAUACAGAAACAAUUAGUCGUAGAUGCAAUGCUUUGCCCCAAAGUUUGUAAUAU